GAUUUCCUGUGCUGGAGGUCAGCUGCUCGCAGUCCCUCCGUCUCGCCGCCUUUCUCUCCGGCUCGGCGCCGCGUCCCCUCGCCCCGCCGGGCCCCGCGGGAGGCUGCCGCGGCCGCCCCGCCGCCCCCCGGCCCCCCUCGGAUUACAGAGUGAUGUGUAAGCCACAGGAUGCCCAGCAGCACUGGAAAGAGGUUUAAACCGACGAAAUACAUCCCUGUCUCCACGGCGGCUGCCUUACUAGUGGGUUCGACUACUUUAUUUUUUGUUUUCACUAUCGGUGGGACCAGCAAUAGAUUCGAAUCAUCUGAUAUGAAAGAUUAUUUGCUCUGCCAUAGCCAAUUUCAUAUUGACAGCAACCAACACCAAUGUUGAAGUCAAGUGACAUCAGCAUGCAGUAUCUGAGGUGCCAGUCCUCCCCCCCUUUCUUUUUUGAAGAUCAGCAAAAGAACAUAUAGGGACCUCCCUCACCUGAGAUGCACAGAGCUGGGUAAGUGGAUAUUUUUGCAUUUUUUUUUUUAAGAGCAUCCUCAGCUUCAGUCCAGCAACACCAAACUAAUAUGUUCCUCUUCUCUCCUAGGAGUAGAAAUAUGAGAUCCAACCAGAAGCCUCCCAGUGGAGACAGCCCCCUGCUCUGUUCCUCUCGACACUUUCCGUCGGUGGCAUCAUAUGCUUUAUCUCCGAGUCUCGGCGUGCCGGCUCUCUCCUGGGCCUCGGUCCGUUUGUCUGCUCUUAAACGCUUUCCCAUCUGGUUUUGGCUCCAAGCUGGAUUUCUCCUGGACCUUGAAAGCAGUGAAUAGUUUGGAAGGCAAAUGACCAAGGGGGAGCAGAAUACAGUUGAGGAGCCCUUUGCGUGAGGUUUCCAAGUCCUGAAAGCCUCUCCUCAGCGCUGGUGAUCCUCAGUUGCGUCUGUGCCCUCAGGCAGUGGAGCCCUGGUGCCCCUGGUUAACGAAAGCCAUCUCCCCAGCCAUCCCAGUGUACAAUGGGCUCGUGUUCCUGUUCGUGCUUGCAAACUUCAGCAUGGCGACUUUCAUGGACCCUGGAGUUUUCCCACGAGCAGAUGAAGAUGAAGAUAAAGACGAUGACUUCCGAGCUCCACUCUACAAGAACGUGGAGAUUAAGGGAAUCCAAGUACGGAUGAAAUGGUGUGCCACCUGCCACUUCUAUCGUCCUCCACGCUGCUCUCAUUGCAGUGUCUGUGACAACUGUGUUGAGGAUUUUGACCAUCACUGCCCAUGGGUCAACAAUUGCAUAGGACGGAGGAACUACCGCUACUUUUUUCUUUUCUUGCUGUCCUUAAGUACGCACAUGGUUGGAGUAUUCACCUUUGGGCUGAUCUUUGUAUUAAACCAUAUGGAAAAGCUGGGGGCAGCUCAUACCGCCAUCACAAUGGCUGUCAUGUGUGUGGCUGGGUUAUUCUUCAUCCCAGUCAUUGGUCUCACUGGUUUCCAUAUUGUCCUAGUGGCCCGAGGGCGCACAACCAAUGAACAGGUGACGGGUAAAUUCCGGGGGGGAGUGAACCCUUUCACCCGCGGCUGCUGCGGAAACGUGGAGCACGUGCUCUGCAGCCCCCUGGCCCCCAGGUACAUAGUUGAGCCCAAGAAAAAGCAAGCUGUGAGCGUGAAGCCUCCUUUCCUCCGACCAGACCUAUCUGAGCGGCAGAUCACCGUGAAGAUCAGUGACAACGGGAUCCAAGCCAACCUCAACCGCAGCAAGUCCAAAAUUAGCCUGGAGGGUCUGGAGGAUAAAAGUAUGGACAUGCAGCCGCCUCUCCCACCCAAAGGAGAUCCAAGCAAGUACUCUGAGCUAACAGGGCAGCUGGGGGCCAGUGAAGAAGGUGGCCUUUCGCCUAAGCUGAUCAGCCCUCCUACGCCUGCCAUGUACAAGUACCGACCGGCUUUCAGCAACAAUCCCAAAGUCCACUAUCAUGCUGCACCUGAGCAGAUCUCCAUGCAGGAUGGACACAGCCAAGGAGCUCUGAUGGAAGAGGAUGGCAGGAGCCUUGAUUACCAGUCAGAACCAAGCCUGGACAUCCCCAGCUACCGGAAGAGCUCCCUCCACAAGACCUAUCAGUCUUCCCCACUCCAGAUAGAUUCCUUUGCCAUCAAUUCCCGAUCCCUGAGCCUCAAAUCUGCUGGCAGGAGAGGGACGGACAAAGUGCCCCUUCAUCCAAUAAAGUCUGAAGGGGCAGCUUCCACCCCGUACAAAAGCAUCUUUUCCCCCAAUUCCUUGUCAAACAGAAAUGGGAGCCUGUCUUAUGACAGCUUGCUAAACCCCAUGUCGCCCUCGGGGAGGAAGUGCAUCGCCCACUCUGCGGUCGGCUCGGUCGGGUACCACUCACCGUACUUAUCUGCCAAAAUGUGCCACCUGCGGGGGAGCGAGCUGCAACGCCAACCACCGCAGAGCUUCAGCCCAGUGCUGGGGGGCCCCGCUCCGCAUCAGCGAGACCCCUCUCCAGUUCGCUAUGACAACCUUUCAAAGACCAUAAUGGCAUCCAUCCAGGAGAGGAAAGAGAUGGAAGAGAGGGAGAAACUCCUCCACUCGCACCCCGAUUCAGUGUUUGCAGACUCAGGUGUCUAUGACACCCCUAGCUCUUACAGCCUUCAGCAAGUCAGCACGCUCUCUGAAGACCCCCGCAGCAUGGCGAUGAGAUACGGAUCUAGAGACAAUCUGAUGGCUGCUACCAGUUUUAGCACAAGGAACCCUAUACUGCAGUCCUCAGUGUCUUCACUCUCCAGUGCAAUGACAAGAGCACCAAGGACUUCCACAACCUCUCUGCAAGCUGAUUUAGCCAAUAACAAUGUCCAGUCCCAUCAAGCACUACAGGGCAGGGUGAGCAACGGCUCCUACAAAUCGCCGGGCCACCAGGUCCCAUCGUCCCCCACAGGGAUGCCUAGGUCCCCCUCUUACGGAGGCCCGAAGGCUGUCUCGUUCGUAAACACUGUGGAAAUCACAGAGGUGCAGUCGGUGGGAGCACAAAGGGAUGACAUGCAGUUGAAGACACCUCACAGUAAAAUAAAUGGACAGCCAAAAGGAAUAACCAGGUUGGGUUCAACAUCAAGUUCCCAGGGGACCCCCGUCAGCCCUGCUAGACACUCAAAUGUUAAGAAGGUGUCUGGUGUUGGUGGAACAACCUAUGAGAUUUCAGUGUAAAAUAAAAUUCAAAUAAAAAUAAAGAGCCAUCCACUCAGCCAGCCAUGAAGCUAGGAGCACUGUGAGGACUCACAUAACAACAAAGAAGGAGCAGCAGCAGCAGCCGGCCACUCUCCUUUCCUUGUUCUGGGUUUGUUUUGUUUUCAUCCUUCUUGUUUGGCCAAAACCCAGCUGCAGCCUUAUUCUUGUGGGAAGGAAGCUGUCCAGUCCAUCAGACUCUUCCCGAACGGACAGGCGGGACCUGGCAACCACCGGCCACCACGACCACCGAGCGGAUCUCUUUGGUGUGAGGGAGCGACAAAGCCAUGGGGCAUCCUCUCUGUCAGACCGACCUGUUGCGUGCCAGCCAUGCUGUGAAAGAGUCUGCUUAAUCUGGGAUCAUGCUAUGUUUCCCUCACCCCUUCUCCCCCCUCCCCAAUUCUGCCGGCCUGGAAGGAGGUUGGAAGAAGUCACAGGCUCGACUGCUGCUUUCCCGCAGACACGGAGACCCAGCUCCUGCGCAGCCUGCGCCGACGAGAACCGCCGCACGCCUGGGGCCAGCAACAUCGUGCCGUGUUUGAAAGGGAGCAGGAGGAAAUCCAGCAGCGGGCUGUCGCUGCCAGCCCAGCCUCCUGCGCGGCCCCGCGGACAAGGACCCCGACGCCAGUAAGGAUCUUCCGUUCCCACCUCUUGCUCCCCUUGGGUUUCAAAGGCUUCUCUGACUCCGAAACAAAACCGAGCAGAUAAGAAAUGAAAUGUUUGGAUGGGAACAUAUUUGCAACAGCCAUCAAGCUGCUUUUCCCUUGCACCCUCCUUAUUACCUAUUGGAUUUAGGCAAUAACGUCGUUUACUGCCUUGCCCCGGUGCCGUGUGUGUAAUCCUGCCGCAAGGUUAUCAUGAUCUGUUGAAUUUACAGUGUGUGUAACUGAGCCAAGCAUAUGUCUAGAGGAUAUAAAUUUGCUGUCUGCCUAAUGACUAGCACAUUCCCUCUGGUCUUCAAUACUGUUAGGCAGAGGUGUUUUUUUCCCCCCUGAGGGAACAACUUUUUUUAAAAGAAAUCAAUCAAAUCUAUUUAACACGCUGAGGUUUCCCUUUCCUGUCUCCAGAAAGCUACAUUUACUUUGUUGGAUUUAAAGGCAACUAUUAUAAAAAACAAAAGAGAGCUACAUAAUUUUUGCCACAGAUAUCAGAACUCUGGUAAAGCGAAUUUUGGAGCAAAGGUGUUUUUUACUUUUCUCCACACCCCAUGUCUUUUUCCUUUCCAAUUACCUACCACCUCAGAAGUCAAUAGUACUGAGAUCUGGACUGACAAUAACCGGCCAGAUCCUGUGUACAGUUAAGAACUUCCUGAACGACUGUUGCCAAAGUCAGUUAAAAUGAUUACUUAUCACUGAGCCAGUUAGCAUAUGAAACCUCUGCUUCCCACCUGGUUCUCCUAGUGCACAGUUUUUACCAGAGAGCUAAAUUCAUCAUUUUUCAGGAUAUUUGUUUCAAGGCGUUGAAUCCUUUUCAGUCCUUGACUAUAAUGGAGAGAUCUCCAGAUGUUAGGUAGCAAUUCAGAACGCGUUGGUAAUACCUUACUUGUUUUCAUGAGUGUUGAGAUUAAUUAUACCAGAAGGCACAUAUCAACCUCAGUUUUUCCUGGUUAAAAUUUACCUUUUGACGCGAUAAAUCUUGGCAUCUGCUGCAAUACCUGCUUGUUAUGUCGCUUGUAUAUGACAUCAUUUUUGGAAAGGAAGGUUAUAGACAACAUAAGGAAGAUAAUCCUCUGUCUGCGUAAUUCUCAGUACUGUCUGAAGGGAGAGACCCGGAGAGCAGUGCAGCUGAAACGGGCCAAUAGUUAUGACAGAGUCAACUUGAAAUCAAUGUGCAUUUUAUGGCCUUGGCAUUUUUUAAAUGCCUACUGUAGGGACAUUGCAGCGCAGGGAAGCAAUAGUCCUUCUAUGCAGAUCCAUUCACUUGCAUGUGGAAUAUUGUCUGUAGUUAGAGACCUGAUAGGACCAGAAAGAUGCUGGCAAACUUGAUCAGGUACAGAGGGAGCAAUAUAUAUUAAAAGACUGGACAGGCUGGUUUAUGAGAUUUAAAGGGCUAAAAAGAUGUCACUGGCUAAGCAAUGAAGUGGAAAAUGAGUAUGACAAUUUUACAAAUAUUUUAGUUAAAAGAAAAAAGCAAAGGAAAAUCAAAUGAUUGUCACUGAUUACAAAUGGGCUACAUUUAGAAAGGGGGGGAAAUGUUGCACCUAGGAGGGGAAAGGGCAGUAGAAUAGUCUUCCAAGGCAGAGUAUUGGAGACUAACUAUUUAGGGCAGUUGAACUAUAUUUGGGCAAAUCAUUAAAAAUUUUUCAGCCAGAGGUAAGCUUGCAGGGGCAAGGGGCUAGACCAAAUGGCCUUAUAGUUUUCUUCCAUCUUUAACUGUUAUUAGUCUGCAAUUCCACCCUGAUGCUAACUCCUCAGGAAGGUGCAGUACUUCUUCAAGGACUGGAAUUCACUCUGGUGCGUAGAGUAACACAAGACUUGCCUGUUUUAAAGUGUCAUGUAUGCCAUCUGUAAGCCCUCCAAAAGAGGGGAGAGGUGACAUACUGAAUUUGGGCUAGUGAUCUAGACAAGGGCACAUUUUAUCAUGUAUCUUUGAAUGCGUGCAUGAAAUUCAUGCAAGCAAGACUGAAAAUUUGCACCAAUGUAAUAUUUGAGAUUUGCAUCCCAGUGAUGCUCCACUUUGAUCUUUCUUUCUCCUGCAGUUAUAAAAGAAAAAGCUACUGAAGAACUUGAAGGGCCAAAGAGCCUUUGAAGUUAACUACGUUAGUUCACAAGAGAAGAAUUUCUCAGUAAGACUAAACACAGUACUGUGUGUAUAAAGCACGAAUAUCCAGGGUUGUUUUGACAUAGUUCACAAGGGGCAGGGGAGGAAGAAACGAGUGCACUGUGUCAUUACAGGUUCAGAGAUAAGAAUUAUAUAUUUUGUGAGUAGUUUUGCCCACAGUUGAAACACAUCCAAUAUGGUAAUAGGUUUACAAUGGUACCAAAGUCUUUUUUUUUCCUUUGAUUUUUGCAUAUAAUUCAGUGCACAUAGCCUAGAGUAAAUUAUUCAAACCUUCUGAAAGAAUAAUCUAAGCAGAGCUGUUAACAGGAGAUUGCAUGCGGCAAAUCCGGCCUCAUUUCCACCUCAGGCCCCAAACCUCCAGCUGGAUCCUCAUGAGCGUAAGUGUCUGCGUCCAUCGCUCCCAUCGCGGGCCUGGCGACUUGCUUAUUGCUGCGAACUUUGGAGCAGAGUCUGGCCCAUGAUAUAGUUCUUCAAGCAGUUUAGAAACAAGCAGCAAAGUUCUUUUUCUACCCAGAAAGUCUCAGUUGUUACAGACACUACAGGCCAAAUCUUCAGCUGGUGUAAAUUGGUGCGGCUCCGCCAAAGCUGGUUUAAGUGAUGCUAAUUUCCAGGAGGUGGGGAUCAGGCAUGAAAAUCCAGUGCAAGUUAACACAUCUUGUAAAGUAGCUUCUUUAUUUUUGUCAUGUUUAUUUCAUGUUUCGGAAGUCUUAAAUCUUUUCAACGUGUUUUUAUUUUUAGCUGUGGAUUGUAUUACUUAUUUAAAAAACAGCAAUAGUUUUUGUUUAGUUUAUGCAUCAUUUUUCAUUGCAUAUCGCAUUUUAUUAGCCGUUCAUUGCCUGUUCAUACACUCCCAUUUAGCCUCCAGGUUUUCACUGUAGUACGAUCUGCUUUGAAAAGUUGGAGCUCUGUAUCUUUAGUUGUAUAAUAUAUUGAGUAUUACGAAAUUAAAUGUACUUUACUACAUGGGUGGGACAGAGAGGAAAUAUUUUUACUUGAAGCCUUAAUAUUUUCUUUUUUUACUACAUUGUUGACCUCAUAGGAAAGUCUGAAUAGCAAUGACUUUGGAACUCUGGGCCAAGUACUGCACUGAUAUACAACCAGCGUUUGGCCCCCUAUGUCAAAACUGGAUGCAGACAUAAUCCGAGGUGAACAAGGGAAAAAGCCUCAGGGUGGCAUAUUUUCCUGAAGAUCGUUGAUUCAAUCUCAAAGAUGUGUCUGUAAGCAAGUAUAUUAAAGAAGUCUUCAAGUCCUGAAUCUUUAAGAAAGGUGAUACCAGGAACUGCCCAAAUAUCUUACCUUUGCAUUUUCUUUUUGAAUUAAAAAACAGAACAAAACAAAUGUAAUUAGUUUGGUUAAAGUCAGCUCUAAGGGCUGCACAGAGCUAUGUGCCAGUAGCCAUGUGCAGCGAAUGACCUGUGUUGUGUUGCUGUUCUAAAAAUGCUAACCAAGUGUUACGUUUUGUCGACUUGGCCUGAGAUAAUCACCUCACGGGCGUUGUAAUGGACAUUUCUCAGAUGAUGCCUAUUCUACUAUAAGCCUAAUGUGGAAAUUGCAAUGUGGUUUUCUUUGGACUGUAUUUGUGGUCCGGACUAUAUAUAUAUGUAUAUAUAUAUGUAUGUAUGUGUGUGUGUAUAUAUAUACAUAUACAUAUAUAUAUAUUCAAUUUCUUUUUUUCAUGUGGGAAAGAUGGGGUCAAGGUCACUGUCUCUCAGACAGCUUGGAAAGUUAAUGUCGAGACGUUUUUAUGGUCUGUAUUUCACCUGUUCUGCCACCUUGAAUUGUUGGAAUGUAUCCGUGCAGGCUUUGUGGAGCUCUGUCUGUAACCUUUUUUGUGGCUCUCGUAAUACAUAUAUAUUUUUUAAA